AUUUAUGUUAAGAUUAGCUACUUAGACAAUAAAAAAUAUGGUGCAAAUAAUUCCUAUUAUUAGACCAAUCUAAAUUUGUUAGAAACCGAUGUAAUUUUUUGGAUUGGCUAAAUUAUUUAAAUAAAGUCGAAUAAUAGGAUAGGGUAGAUCAAAAACAAAAAGUUCAUCAUCAAGUUGGAAAAAGAGAAUUAGAAGUCAAAAUAGAUAAUAUAAGAUUGGAAAUCAUAAGGGAUUGUUAAAGAGAGUUAAGAUAGUUGGACCUAGAAGAGCUAGAAGGCUUAAAUUUAAAUCUGCUGGAUCUAGACAUCUUAAUCGAAAUUGUUCAAAAGCAAAUUUGAGAAGAAAAAGACGAACUCGAUAUAUAAGUGAUGUUGAUAUGCCAAGAAUGAGGAAAUUGUUACCAUUGAUGAAGAGAUAGAAAUGUAAAAGAGGAUCUUGAGUAUUUAAGAGAAGAGAGAAACA